UCGCUAAUGUUGAGCUAAUCGCGAACAAAAUCGGUUUGGAAUUGGGAGUAAUGGUGGGCCCACAAAAAAAGAGGAAAAAAUUGGAAUACGUGCGGCCGCUGUAACGUUGCGAAUUGUGCAAAGCCUCAAAAGUGUCAUAAAACUGCCUUAUUUGCGCAGCAUGCAAUAGAAAAAACAAUCCAAAUUCGAAAGGCAACGCGAAAUUAAAUCAGAUUCUGUGCUCCACGACCACCAACAACAACAACAACAAAUCGCUUGGUUUGCCAAGGUGUUAAUGCUUAUUUAUUUAUAAAACAUGCCCCGCAUGACUAAUGAAACGGGUUGCCGUUAUUAAAAACGAUUAAACAACGAAAAUACUCAGAAAUCUACGAAAAACCAGAAAGCAAAAAAAACUCCUCAAGGCAAACACACACACACUAACAAACUCUUGUGGUGGCGCCUAGGGUCCGAGAAAUAACAAAAAUAGAAGGAUUACAGCGACAGAAACAACAACAACAGCUAUUCAUCAUUGUUAAUUGUCAACAAAAGACAAAUUUAUUAUCGUUAAAUAAACACUAAAAGUAAGCAGAGGCAUUACGGCAAGUAAUUAUGCUUGACCCUGGGUUAACAAUAGCCCCAUCUCCGAUUCCAGCGAAAGAGGAAGAGAGACGCCGCAGCUAAAACUGGGAGUUGCAUCCCAAUCGUCGUUAGGUUUGCAAGUCUCCGGAGAACAUCGUUAUCCAAAAUACUCAGGCACUGAAGGCGAAACAAACAGCACCCAGCAGACCAAAAGCCGCAAAACGCAAACCGAACAAGUGGAGCGGUGGAGUCCCCAGACUGAAACCAAGACCGAGACUGACUGAGAGAUUCGAGAGAGAUUCAUAAAGUGCCACCGAAAAUGGCCGUAGGCAAUCUACACAACACGCGCAUGCUGCGCUUCCUUUUAUUCCUCAUUGUGGUGAUCCUAACCAUAUUCAUCUACACCUCGUACUCGACGACGGGCGGCCUGGCGGCGAACCAUCUGCAUUCGGCGGCAUCGCCGCCCCAGCAAUUAAUUGGCAUCCAUCCCGGUCGCCAGCCGGUGGACCAAGUGCCGAUAGUCAACAACACGGAGAAGGAAAACAGUCAGCAGUCGGCUGGCGGGGAGAGUGCGGCAAAGAUAACCAGCCGGCAGUCUUCGCAGCCAACGGAGGUUCACAAGAAGCAUCCGCAGCACCGGCUGCCCACCAUCGACGAGGAUGCGCUGCUCGACGGAGGCUCUGCCGGCGCAAGUCCCCAGGUGGGUGGCGCCGAGCAGACGCCCAAUGUCAUGGCGGACGAGCUGCUGGAGGAGCAGCAGUAUGGCCAGAGUGUUGAUGGCAUCACCGGCAACAUCAACAGCAGCGCCAAUAAUAACAACAACAGCAGCUCUGCAGACACGUUGGUUGUCAAACAACCGAUUCCCGCCCAAUCACCACAACAAGUGCAGUCGCAGCAGGCGCAGCCAGGUCUCUCCGAUGCGGAGCUCCUCAUACCCACGUCCAAUUUGCAAAAGUUUAUCGAGAACGCCGAUAAGAUACUGAAGAACAUCACCGCGAACAGCAGCACGGGCAAUCAAGGGGAUUUGUCACAACUGAAUUUGGUGGACGGCCGACUGGAAGUCUCAGAGGUUGACUCUGAAAAGCAGGUAGAAUCCAAGGCGGUCCAGGAGAUCAAGGAAGCGAAGAAGGAGGCCCAAGCUCCAGCACCAAAGUCCGCCCGACCAGCAGUGGCCGCCGCGAAGACGACGAAGACCAAGAACUUGGCGCCAAAUACUCCGGUGGAUCCUUCAAAAGGAGUGGUAACCUCGGAGCUCUAUGAGUCGGGUCACAUGGACGAGGAAAUAGAUGCCGAACGCAUCUGUCCGAGGGGCGGAGAGUUCAUCAAGCUUCUCGUUCUCAUCAGCUCCGCGAUGUCCCACGAUGCGGCCCGAAUGUCCAUCCGGCAGACGUGGAUGCACUACGGCAGCAGAAGAGACGUGGGCAUGGCAUUCGUCCUGGGACGGGGCACCAACGAAACCUUAAACAAGGCGCUUACCCAGGAGAACUUCAUCUACGGUGAUCUGAUACGAGGCAACUUCAUUGACUCGUACAACAACCUCACCCUCAAGACGAUCUCGACGCUGGAGUGGGCGGAUCUGCACUGCUCGAAGGCAAAGUACAUCCUCAAGACGGACGACGACAUGUUCAUCAAUGUGCCCAAGCUGCUGACCUUCCUCGACAAGCACAAGGACAAGCGGACCAUCUACGGUCGCCUGGCCAAAAAGUGGAAGCCCAUCCGCAAUAAGAAGUCCAAGUAUUACGUGUCGGUCGAUCAGUUCGCGGCGGGCGUAUUUCCGUCCUUCACCACUGGACCCGCCUACGUUCUCACCGGCGACAUUGUCCACGAGCUGUACGUCCGAUCGCUGAAGACCGUGUAUCUGAAGCUGGAGGACGUGUUCACCACGGGCAUCGUGGCCAAGAGCCUGAACAUUAAGCGUCUGCAGGCGAACGAGUUCGUCAACCGACGCAUCUCAUUCAACCCGUGCAACAUUCGCAACGCGAUCAGCGUGCACAUGAUCAAGUCGAACGAACAGUUCGAUCUGUGGAAAAAGCUGCUGGACCAGACCACCAAGUGUAAAUAGUAUUUUAAGUUUAGGGUUUAGUCUGCCGAUUAAAAAUUAUCCAGUGUGAGGAGGGUGGUCUUUCGAGAUGAAGAGCAAAUUUAUGUAAUAUGGUACGAGUAGAGAAUGAAGAUUAGCAAAGGCAGUUAUAGGAUUAUAAAAUUAGCCUAGUCUCUAAGUCCUAGAAAUAUCACAAAUUUCGCUGUCGAUGUCGCUGCAUCUGCCUAAAUGCACGCGGUCCUACAGUGAUUCGAGUACAUUUUAAACGAUUUGUAGCUUAAUUUUAGCAUUCUGAAUGCCAUUAUUUAAAUGAUAAUUACUGAGCGAUAACUGUGGUUAUAUCUUAACACUAAAUACAUUAAUGUAUAUCAAGAGAAA